GUCGUCGUGCAGCCUGUCUCGAAGCACGAGGAAUGUCUUUUGAUGUUUUCGUCGAAGUGUUUUCACGGGACGAGACGACUCGGUGGUGACUCGCGCGGAUUGCUUAUCAAUUGUAUCGGUCGCCGCGAGCAUCCAAGCAGGCAUCACGAAUGAACGUUUUGUGUAACGUGUAAUGAGAUCGUCGUUGUUACAUCCGCAGUCGCAGCAGCUGUCGUCGACGCCGUACGAUCGCGCGAGGUUACCGCAGCACCGCAAAUGACACAAAUUUGGUUGGAUCGCCGAAUCCUGCCAGCACUCAAGCUGGGGAGUCGUCUCCGUCGUCGUCCAGAGAAAAUGUACGGGAAGAACAUCGAACAGACGGCGUUCUGUUGAUCCACAGCGAUUUCGCGGACAACGCGAACACGAACGCACGUACUCACGCACGCACGUACGCACUCACGCACAUACGCGAGCAAACACGUACGCACCGGUGCGCACGCACGACACGUCCUGGCAUAUCCGGAAGAGAAUCCCUCUCCCUUGCGUUUGCUCUACUGGACAAGAAUUUGAUGAAGCGACCGAAGCGAGGCCCGGAAUCGACCGAGAAAUCGCCUUAACCAAUAAUAAGGUAUACAGCCCGGCUGACUUUGUCGCGUGCGUUUCUUCCCUCUCCCUCUCGUACGAACGAUUUCGCGCGUGACUCAUCCCUACCCUCUCAUCGUUCGAACCUCAUCGCUUCUCGACGCUUGCGAUACUGUUUUGACAGGCUGAUCGUGAAGCGAUUUUUUAAUCGAGACUGCCAAUGUAAGACUGAAUUACUGAUGCGUGGGAUAAUCGUUUUUGAUGUCAAGUACGGUCAGCAUCAAUGGGAAACUGUUUCUCGUGCUUUAAGGUGCUACUUCCACCAACCAGCACUGAUCAAUCAAUCGUAUUGGAGCAUAAAGACGAAACAAUGGAACUGAGAGGUCUGUUCCAAAAUUCUUGCCAACAAUCUGGUUCUUUUGUGCCUGAAACACAUGUGAACGGGAACAGGAAGUCUAUAAGUACAUUACCUACAUUUAACAAUGUAGGUUCGGAUAAUUGUGGGUCUGUACCCAGUGUACAAAGUAAUUUACGUUUAUCGCGAGGAUUCUAUGCGCGAUUACCGCCGUUAGGACGAUCUGGUACAUCAUCAGGUCUCAAUUUAUCUACCGAACCUAAACAACAAAAGGAACCGUCGGAGAGCAAAUUGAAUGCACUUUUUGACCAAUAUAAGGAUCCUCACGAAGAUGUAAUAUUAGCUGACGGAAUAGAAAGACUUUGUGAUGACUUGCAGCUGUCGCCUGAUGAAUUUAAAGUUCUCGUUCUUGCAUGGAAAUUGAAUGCGGAACAGAUGUGCCAAUUUACACGCCAUGAGUUCGUCACAGGACUGAAGGCGAUGAAGGUCGACAGUAUACGCGGUAUACAGGCUCGCUUGCCCGAAAUCGUUCAGGAAUUGACGGUCAACAGCGAUCUGUUCAAGGAUCUCUAUCGAUUUACAUUCCGAUUCGGCCUUGAUGUGACGUCCGGUCAAAGGAUCUUGCCGGCCGACAUGGCGAUCGUUCUCUGGAAACUUGUCUUUACGAUACGCGAACCUCCGCUUCUAAUUAGGUGGCUAAAGUUCCUCGAAUGUCAUCAUAUCCGUGGAAUACCCAGAGACACAUGGAAUAUGUUUCUCAACUUUGCCGAGAGCAUUGGGGACGAUCUUGGUGCUUAUGACGAUGCUGAAGCGUGGCCAAGUUUAUUUGACGAUUUUGUGGAAUACGAGAAUGAUCAGAUGAACCAAAAUAUCACUAAAGACGAUAUUAUGAAAGAUGCUUCUAUUGACAAGACUUAAACGUUCGUACUCUAAGUGAAGAAACGACAAAGUGAAGCGAGCAUAUUAUUGUCUUAUAAUCUGACCUUUGAACAGGAUCAUCCGGCUUGACUUGGGAAAUAUAAACGAGAUAUUUUAUUCCUGUUGGUAUGACCAUGAAAGUGAUACUUCGAAUUUGCUAUUGCUUUUCUUUUCUUUUCUCUUUUGUUAUUGCGUUAUAUUUGUUUUCAUGCAGCAUCGUAUAUCUUCCAGUGUAAAUAUAAAUAUUUUAUUUCACGUAAUUUUAUUUAAUUACGUUUUGUCAUAUGCAUAUAUAAUACGAAAGACCUUCGUAUUGCAAAUAUUUUAACAGCAGCUGGCGAUAAAUUAUAU